UUUCCCAAAGUAACAAAACUGAGGAUGGGUACAGCAGACAGAGACCCAGACGAACAGAUCCCAGUGAGAACGUUACUUCCAAAGCACUGGUCAGGAGCAGGGAAGCCCAACAGGGCCAGUACUUCCCAAACGGUUUGAACCAGGAAAGUCCAAAGCGUGUGGACUUUUCUCGAGCUCACCAGUUGAGAGAG